CGCAGAGGCGUCGACGGCGGUGGCGACGACGUUCCUUAGUUUUUGGUGUGGGCUCAUUGGCGUUGGCUCGGCUGCUGGGAGGGCUCGGUUGUCAGCAGCGGCGGCCCUACGGCGGCGGUCCGCGGCGCCAUGGGGGGACGGUAGACGGGCUCCGACUCUAGAGGCGAGAGGCGGCGGCGGUCCUCCGGCCCUCGGCGACCUUCGGCGGGGCCCAGGGGUGGGGAGGCCCGGGGCGGGGGUCGUCCCGGGCUGCGCGGGGCCGCGGGGCGGGGCUCGCUGGUCGUCGGGGAGCAGGAGGCCCGGGCCGCCGCGAGGAGCCGCCGCCGGCCGCUGGGCCCCGCCACCGGUCCGCUUGACGACGACGCUUCCGCGGGAGCCUAGCCUGAGGAGGACGCGGCGGCGGCGGCGGCGAGGCCGCGGGAGGCCGCGGAGGAUGGAGGAGCGGAAGGAAGAGGGCGAGGCAGAGAUUCAGGAGCACGGGCCCGAGCAUUGGUUCUCCAAGUGGGAGCGGCAGUGCCUGGCCGAGGCCGAGCAAGAUGAGCAGCUACCCCCGGAGCUGCAGGAGGAGGCGGCGGCCGGGGCGCAGCCCGAACACAAGCAACAGAAGCUGUGGCACCUCUUCCAGAACUCGGCCACCGCCGUGGCCCAGCUCUACAAAGACCGCGUGUGUCAGCAACAAGGACUUUCUCUCUGGGUCCCCUUCCAAAACGCAGCCACCGCCGUCACCAACCUCUACAAAGAAAGCGUGGACACCCAUCAGCGAAGUUUUGAUAUUGGAAUUCAGAUUGGCUAUCAGCGACGCAAUAAGGAUGUGUUGGCUUGGGUUAAAAAGCGCAGAAGAACUAUUCGUAGAGAAGAUUUGAUCAGCUUCCUGUGUGGGAAAGUUCCUCCACCACGAAACUCUAGAGCUCCCCCAAGACUGACUGUAGUGUCCCCUAACCGAGCUACUUCAACGGAAACUAGCUCAUCUGUAGAGACUGAUUUGCAACCCUUCCGGGAAGCCAUAGCUCUGCAUGGUCUUAGUGGUGCAAUGGCUAGUAUAAGCGUGCGUUCGAGUACCCCAGGCUCUCCUACACAUGUAAGCAGUGGAUCGAAUGCUAGUCGAAGGAGAAAUGGACUCCAUGAUGUCGAUUUGAACACUUUCAUAUCAGAAGAAAUGGCACUCCACUUGGACAAUGGUGGAACUAGAAAGCGUACCUCAGCCCAGUGUGGCGAUGUCAUUACAGACUCACCAACCCAUAAACGCAACAGAAUGAUCUAAACUGAAAACAUUUUCACACCCACCAUGCUGCUUGAAAGCCACUUGAUCCUCAACAUAUACUAUUAUUGCAAAGGAAACAUGAGGCCAUCUUCCCUUGUUCACUGUUUCUAAGACAAGUGAAUUCUAUAGUGGUUGCCAUAAAAGGAAGUUCUAGGUAUUUACAGUAGAUGCCUCUUGUAACCAUGGCUUUCUUAAAACUAUAAUCCUAGCAGAGGACAUCAGAUAUUGUGUAGUUAGCAAGAUCAUCAUAGGCAAACAUAUAUCCGUUCCAAGGCUAAAAGUGACCUUAACUGUAUUUAUUCUCAAAGGGAAAGGAAAUAUCAGAUGUUUAUUUGGUUAUAGGAUGCUUUUUUUUUUCUCCAUUUCCUGCUGUGUUGAGUAUUUUGCUUCAACAGUAUUGCCAGGUUCCUAAAAUUAUCUAAAACACGAUUUGGCUUCCUCGUCAAAUCUGCAGGCUUCCAUUUUUGCACAGCAGCACUGUACCAUGCACCUGAUUUCUAUAUAGUAACAGUGUGCAAAUUCUAAUUCUUGGACUGUGUCCUGUUUUCAGUUUUCAAAGCAGUUGCUAAUUCUGGUGAUUGUGAUGUAAAGAGGUGCUAUGAUGGUCAUGCAGUUAAUACUUAAUAUUGAAUCAAUACACAGAACUUUAUUGGAUUCACUUUGUGUGUGUUAGUGCUCUAAAAGUAGCAAUAUUUUAAUCGCCCCCAGAUGAAUGAACCCUUUAGGCUUAAACUCCAGUUUUAAGACAAGUACUGCUUCCCCUGCAGGGUACUUAUUCUUAAUGGUAAAUGGAAACAUGUAGACUGCACUCAAGGUGACCUAAAGUAGAGAGGUCAUGAACUUUGAGAGUGGGCUUCCUUUUUGGUAUAAUAUUUAUGAGAAGGGAGAUGGAUGGUGGGAGUGUAGGUAUUCCAGCCUUUCUGUCCUGUUUUACAUUUUUUAUGAGUGCCCUACAUUGUGCAGUUUCCAUUAGAAUGGGUGGCAGGUUAAAAUAGGUCCUGAUCUGCUUACAAUGUGAUUACAACUUAAAUAGCAAAACCCAACUCUAAUCCCUCUCCUAAAAAGGGCAGUUUGGAAUCUCAUUCUGGAAAAGAUGGAAUCGCAUGGAGGUUCUCUAGAUGUUAGGUAGACCUAAAUAAAAGUUCUCACUAGAUUCCUCUUUUGAGUAAAAUAUAAGACCUCUUGUAGCUACAAUGUUUUAGAGCAUGUUUCAUAUUCAUUUUUACUAUCUCGAACUGAAUGAUAGUCUUUUUUUAGAUGAAGAACUGAUGUCAGCCUGCCAGGUACUGUAAUUUAUUCUACCAUAUUAUUAUAUAAUAUAUAUCAAGUAGGACAGUGAAAAAAUGUUUCCUUGCAAAUUUGUAGUCCAGUAUCAGUUACUUCUUUUUAUCCUUAAAAGACCAUUGCAAAUCCAAUGUAAGGGUUUUUCCAGUAAUUUACUCACAGCACUUUGUUAAAGUUUGCAAUUUCUUCAGCCAUUUAAUAAUAUCUUUAUGUGAAGAAACUUUGCUAAGUCAUCUAUAAUAUUCAUCGACUGGGUGGGAUGUGAACGGAAUGUUAGAAAUGUGUGAACUGGAGUUCUGUAAUCAUUAUAUAUAAAACCUUUUAUUUAAAAAAGUCAAUUCCAUGCUAAAACUAGGAAUGAAAGAGGUAUUUCUAAAUUUUGGCAAAAUGGAUUAUUUUUGUUUUAAUAUUAUAGCAGGAAGAAUUAUAGCAAUCUCUCAUUUUACCUAAAAUGGACAAACCUCUGUAUUACCAAUAUUUUCAAGCUGCCCUUGGGACUAUACAAAGAAAUGCAGUUGGAGAUAUCUGUGUUUUUCUGUCGUUGUAAAUUUAGAUUCUGGAGUUGGGGUUUGGUGGUGUGGUAAGUUGCUCACAUGUGGCCAGAACUCCUACUCCUAAAGGAUUUUUCUGAGAUUGAGGAACGCAUAUUUAAUCUCCCCUUUAUGCCUUGGUUCUAGUUCCUCUUUCCAAGUUGAGUGACAAUUUCGGGGGGGUUUUUGUUUUAGUUGGUGCUCUGACGCUUAAUCUCAGUACCCUUUACUCUUGAUUGUCAAAUUUUGAUAAAAUAUGUGCCAUUUUCUUUGGUAAGAGAAAGCAGGUCUUGUCUGCCAGAACACAAUUUAUAUGCCUUAUUGGCUCCAUUAAACUUUUUGAAAACUUUA